AUGUAUCGACUUUGUUUGACUACAAUACUCAAGCAACGACUUCAUUUGAGUCCGAACUUGAGGCAACUACUUAAUUCAACCACAAACUUGAAACAACGACUUCAUUUGAGUUCAGACUUGAAGCAACGACUUCAUUUGAGUUCAUACUUGAAGCAACGACUUUAUUUGAGUUCAGACUUAAAACUUGAAGCAACGACUUCAUUUGAGUUCAGACUUGAAGUAACGACUUCAAUUGAAAAGAAACUUGACACAACGAUUUCAUUUGAGUUCAGACUUGGAGCAACGACUUCAAUUGAAAAGAAACUUGACACAACGGCUUCAUUUGAGUUCAGACUUGAAGCAACGACUUCAUUAGAUUUCAGACUUAAACAACGACUUCAUUUGAGUCCGAACUUGAGGCAACUUUUUAAUUCAACCACAAACUUGAAGCAACGACUUCAUUUGAGUCCAAACUUGAGGCAACUACUUAAUUCAACCACAAACUUGAAACUUGAAGCAACGACUUCAUUUGAGUUCAGACUUGAAGUAACGACUUCAAUUGAAAAGAAACUUGACACAACGAUUUCAUUUGAGUUCAGACUUGGAGCAACGACUUCAAUUGAAAAGAAACUUGACACAACGGCUUCAUUUGAGUUCAGACUUGAAGCAACGACUUCAUUAGAUUUCAGACUUAAACAACGACUUCAUUUGAGUCCGAACUUGAGGCAACUACUUAAUUCAACCACAAACUUGAAGCAACGACUUCAUUUGAGUUCAGACUAUAAGCAACGACUUCAUUUGAGUUCAGACUUUAAACAACGACUUCAAUUGAAAAGAAACUUGACACAACGACUUCAUUUGAGUUCAGACUUGAAGCAACGACUUUAUUUGAGUUCAGACUUGAAUCAACGACUUCAACUGAAAAGAAACUUGACACAACGACUUCAUUUGAGUUCAGACUUGAAGCAACGACUUCAACUGAAAAGAAACUUGACACAACGACUUCAUUUGUGUUCAGACUUGAAGCAACGACUUUAUUUGAGUUCAGACUUGAAGCAACUACUUAAUUCAACCACAAACUUGAAGCAACGACUUCAUUUGAGUUCAGACUAUAAGCAACGACUUCAUUUGAGUUCAGACUUUAAACAACGACUUCAAUUGAAAAGAAACUUGACACAACGACUUCAUUUGAGUUCAGACUUGAAGCAACGACUUUAUUUGAGUUCAGACUUGAAUCAACGACUUCAACUGAAAAGAAACUUGACACAACGACUUCAUUUGAGUUCAGACUUUAAGCAACGACUUCAUUUGAGUUCAGACUUGAAGCAACGACUUCAACUGAAAAGAAACUUGACACAACGACUUCAUUUGUGUUCAGACUUGAAGCAACGACUUUAUUUGAGUUCAGACUUGAAACUUGAAGCAACGACUUCAUUUGAGUUCAGACUUAAUGUAUCGACUUUGUUUGACUACAAUACUCAAGCAACGACUUCAUUUGAGUCCGAACUUGAGGCAACUACUGAAUUCAACCACAAACUUGAAGCAACGACUUCAUUUGAAUUCAUACUUGAAGCAACGACUUCAUUAGAGUUCAUACUUAAAGCAAUGACUUCAUUUGAGUUCAGACUUCAACCAACGACUUUAUAUGAGUUCAGACUUAAAGGAACGACUUCAUUUGAAUUCAGACUUGAAGCAACGACUUCAUUUGAGUUCAGACUUAAUGUAUCGACUUUGUUUGACUACAAUACUCAAGCAACGACUUCAUUUGAGUCCGAACUUGAGGCAACUACUUAA